AUGUUGUUCACUGUCGAACAGUUGGAAUUAAUACGGAGGCUCAGAACGACCGGAAUUUCACCUGAUCAGAUUUCGAAGGUAUGCUCCUUUAAAGUGUAGGGGUACUGUAGGCUUUAGAUGUGUUCCUUUAAACUACAGUAUUCAUUACUGCAGUUAAGAAGACAGUUUUUCAUGUUCCUUUAAAACCUAGGGGUACUGUACGGUAUUCUAUUUACUUACCGUAGUCAUUUUUUCAACCCUAGAAAAUUAUAUGAUCCUUUAAACUACAGUAUUCAUUACUGUGGGUUAAGAAGAAAAAUUUUCAUGUUCCUUUAAAAUGUAUAGGUACUGUAGUUUAACUGAUCCACAGUAGUCAUUUUUUCAUCUUUAGAAAUUCAUAUGAUCCUUUAAACUAGAGUAGGAUUACUGUAGUUCACAAAAUCCUUGUCAUUCAUGUUCCUUUAAAAUCUAGGGGUACUGUAAGGUAUUCUAUUUAGAUGUAUAGGUACUGUAGUUUAACUGAUCUACAGUAUUCAUUUUUUCAACUCUAGAAAUUCAUAUGAUCCUUUAAACUACAGUAUUCAUUACUGUAGUUCAAGAAAAAAUUUUCAUGUUCCUUUAAAAUGUAUAGGUACUGUAAGGUUCUAUGUAGAUCUCGUGAUCCUUUAAGCUACAGUAUCUGUGGUUUAAAGGAUCAUGGGGUACUGUAAGGGGGUCUAGCUCCAAAAAAUCCCCAAUUUUUUUCCAGGCGUUCAAUGAGUUGGAAAAAGUGGAGCCCGAACCAUCCAACAAUAACGAGGAGCCUGCGGAACCGACCCCAGCUCCCGAACCCAUCGUGACACCUCGCGCAAUCUACGCCCCAAUCCUCGUCCAACAUCUCACCUCAACAUCCACACCCACACCAUCAACAUCACCCAAACCACCACAGCUCACACUACAGACAGUCCCAGAGCCGUCGAGCUCAACAACCUAUGAGCACCCGAUUUGUAGUAGUGCACCACGGCCUAUCAGAUCCCAGCGGACGCCGAUGAAAGAGAUCACAACUUUGGACAAUCCAGCGGAACUCGAAGAAUUCAUGCGGCAAGGCGAAGAGGCUUGUAUAUUGGACAUGAAAACGUUCAUCACCCAAUACAGCCUACGACAAACUACAGUAGCCAUGAUGACAGGCGUGAGUCAACCGUACAUCUCGAAACUGCUCAACGGAAAUCAUCGCGAACUUUCGUUGCGUUGUCGCAAGAACAUCUAUUGUUGGUAUUUGAAUUGUCGACGACAUCCGGAAAAAUUGGCGGCAUUUCUGGCGGAUCCGGCGACACGGUUGGAGACGAAUUGCGAUGGGGAGUUGGUGCCGCAGAGACGCGAGAGAUAUGUGUUCAGACCGAUUUUGAUUCGGAUGUUGGAGAACUUUUUUGCGCAGACACCAUUUCCGGAUUUGGCGAGACGCGUGGAAAUUGCGACCGCUUGUAAUCAUGUGCUGCAGUUGGAUAAGAAAGGUUCGUGGUGGGACCCUUUAUGUGCCUUUAAAAAAUUAUGGGCGGUUUUUCCAAAUUAAAAUGUUCUACAGUAGCUUUUCUCAUUAGCUACGAGACCAUUCAUGCGCCUUUAAAAUCCACGUGGCAUAAUUUUUUUUUUACAAAAAAAAAUUUGGAACUCUGAGUUUUCCACAGUAGUUUUUCAGUCGCGGCGAGACCCUUGAAAAUCCACGUGACAAAAAAUUUGUACAUUAUUUUAUAAUCGCACGUGGCAAAAAUGUAUACAGUAUUUUAUACACGUGGUUAAAAGUUUGUACAGUAUUUUAUAAUCGCUUCGAGACCCUUCAUGCGCCUUGAAAAUCCACGUGGCUAAAAACGUGUACAGUAUUUUAUACACGUGGCUAAAAAUUUGUACAGUAUUUUAUAAUCGUAUCUUCUUCAUUUUCCACAGUAGUUUUUUUCAGUCGCGACGAGACCCUAGAAAAUCCACGUGGCAAAAAAUUUAUACAGUAUUUUAUAAUCGCAUCAAGACCCUUCAUGCGCCUUGAAAAUCCACGUUUUUUUCCAGGAAUUGGCCUUAUGCCAAAAGAAAUCGUCUCGCCACAAGUGGUCUCCAAUUGGUUUGCCAACAAGCGCAAGGAACUGCGCAGGCGAUCCGCGGAAAACGCGUCAACCGCAACUGGAAGCGGAAGCGGAAGCGGAAGCUCAACACUCAACGACAAUGUCAGUGUUGCCAGUAUGAGUCCGGAAUCGAGGGAUGAGAUGACGAUGUCACGCGCAACCACUCCGGAAACGCUUCUCCCAGCCUCUUCCGCAAGUCUGCCCUCACCCUGUCCAAUGCCGUUCGAUCUUUCCGCAACGCAACCGCUUGCGCAACCCAUUUUGCCGCCAACAAAUCUUGAUAUUUUCCAAAUGGCCCAACGCCUUGGCAUCACUUUGCCGCCUCCGCAAACCCUUACGCUUCCGGAUGGUGGCGUAAAUCUGUUUUUCAACCCCAACAAUCCAUUUUUACAAUUUCCGCUUAUGCCACAGUUACAGUAACUCAUAUAGCUUUUCAUAAUAUUUUCUGUUUUUUUUUUUGAAAAACCCAUGACCCGUUGAAUAUAAUAGUAUAUAAUUUUUGAAUUUUACGAGUUCCCACCCAAAAUCCCAUGCAAAACAUCGAUUGCUUGCCAAAUUUAUGUAUCGAUUUUUUUUUCGACAUUAAUAAAUAAAUUUUUCACUUUUUUUUCACAAGCGCGAUUUAAUAUUAUUAAUUUCGACAAUAAACAAAAAUGGUUGCGUGGCCGAGUGGUAUGCACGCGUGUCUUUUGUUCACGAAGCCUGGGUUCGACACCGGGUGCUGGCAGAAUUUUUUUUGUUUUUUUUUUUUCUUUUUUCCAUAAAGCGAAGCAGAAAAAAAGAAUAAAAAUGACAAAACCAAAAAAAAAUUCCAAUUUUCAAUUUUCAAAUUCAAUUUUCUCGCCCCAUUUUUCUUUUUUUCCUUUGUCUUUCUUUCUUUUUUUUGAAAAAAAAAAUAAAUCCGAGGUUCAAAACGCAAAUUUCUUGCGCGCCGGAAACUAUUUUCUCCAGGAAUUUUUUUUUUCAAAAAAAAAAAAAAUUUGGAAUGCAUAUUUUUUCGUGACUUUUCUGGAUUUUCUUCCCCAGGAUCGCUGAAUUAUUUAUUUUUUUUAGAGAAGAAGCUAAAAGAAGUCUCAAGAUUCCCCCACUUUUCAUCAGAAUUUUUUUUUGCAGCUCAAGAAAAUUUUGCCACGUGGAUUUUCACUCUCAAAAUUUUGAAUUUCAAAUUUUGCCACGUGGAUUUUCGCUCUCAAAAUUUUCGAAUUUCAAAUUUUGCCACGUGGAAUUUCAGAGCUGAAAUUUGAAGCUUGAAAUUAGACACGUGGAUUUUCGCUCUCAAAAUUUUGAAUUUCAAAUUUUGCCACGUGAAAUUUCGGCACGAAAAUUUUGCCACGUGGAUUUUCACUCUCAAAAUUUUGAAUUUCAAAAUUUUGCCACGUGGAUUUCUAGCGCUCAAAUUUUUGAAUUUCAAAUUUUGCCACGUGGAUUUUCGCUCUCAAAAUUUUCAAAUUUCAAAUUUUGCCACGUGGAUUUUCGGCUCUAAAUUUUCAGGACCCAAAUUUUUAAGAUAAAUUUCCAGCUUCAAAUUUUUUUAGCAACGAAAAUCCACGUGGAAAAAAUUUGGAUCCCAAAUUUCUAAUUCAAAAUUUUUUAAUUCAAAUCUAGAAAAAAAAUUUGGCGCGAAAAUUUCAAUUUCAAAAUUUUCAGCAAAAAUUUCUAGAAACCUCCCAAAAACUAUAUAAUAUUUUUUUAUCCAAAAAAAAAAUUUUUUUUUUUUUUUUGCACAAAAAGGUGCUCUUCUCAUCCAUCAAUUAGGUUCUCCUUUUUUCCCAUUUUUUUUCUCCGCGCGCGAAAAAAAAACAAAAAAAAAAUCUGAAAUCGGUUCACAAAGGUCCCCGGGGACCACAUUGAACCCCUUUUAUUUUUCAUUUUUCCACUUUUUUUUUGAAAAAUCUAGCGCGCUUUGAAAAAAGUGUCAAAGAGUCCAUCAAAAAAUCCCGCUUUUUUUCUAGAGUUAGGCUAUAUCAAAAAUAUUUUUUUUCAGCACAAAUUUUCAGCCAUCAACAAAAAUGCCACAUGGCUUUGCUGAAAGUCAGAGAUGAGUGUACAAAAUUGAUUGGACAUCGGUGAGAUUUUUUGAAUUUCAAAAUUUCGCGCCAAAAAUGCCAAUCAAUGAAAUUUGCAGAUUUUUGAAUUCGCACAUCUGCCUCGUGAUUUCAUUAGUUCAGUUGGGAGUUUGUUUCUGGGCCGUUGCCCAGCACGUUUUCUCAUAUCUUAAUUAUCAAAAGGUAAGUUCUAAUGAAAAAAAAAACGUUUCUUAACGUUAACUUUAACGUUUAACGUUAAAAAACCAAAAAAGUGAUUCACGAUCGGUAUUUUUAUUCAUUUUUUCACAAUUUUUAUGAAAUUUUAUAAAAUCCCCCAAAAAAACUCACAUUUUCUCCAGUUUUCCUCGAAAUACAGAAUUAUUUGACCAAAAACCAUUUUUCUGACGAUUUUCCUGAAAAACAUAAUAUAAAGUAAACGAAAAGCAAGAAAAGUACAUUUUUCCAUGAAAAAUAGCUUUUUAGCAUCAGUUUUUGAAUAAAACUAUCAAAAAUCAACUAAAAUUAUGUUAGCUGUACCAAGUUUCAUUCAAAUUCAUGAAAAAACAACAAAAAAACGCGAAAGAAACAUUUUCGAAAAACAAAAAAACAAGAAAAUAAAAGUAGAAAUGGAAGUGCGCUCCAUUGAUAAAAAUUGCAUGUUGCGCGCUCGUUCAAAAAUGUGUUUUUUUUUUUUGCUUUUUUUUUUCAUUUUUUGGGAGAUUAGGCUGAUUAAAAAGUCUUUAAAUAGCAUUUCUGGACACUAAAAUGUGUUUUAGCUUAACUUAAGGUUAAACUUAACGUUAAAAACGUUUUUUUAACGUUUUAACGUUUGUGAAUCACUUUUUUGGCUUUUUAACGUUAAUUUCGUUUUUUCAGAUUCUCAAAUGUGAUUUUCUCAACGGCAGUCUUCCAUUGGAAGCUGUAGACGCCGUGAUUUUCGACAUUCGAUUAUUUCAUUACCUCUGGGGAAUUCGAGGAUGUGUCGCGGAAUAUUUAGAUGGAGGUGAGUGUUUUUUGGCUACCCUAAACGUUUUUUUGAAUUUUUCAACAAAUUGGGCAGUUCUCAGUGGAGCACAUUUGCCUCAAAAUUCAAAUUUUCCCUCACAGGUUUCGGCCGUCUUGCCUGGUGUGUUUCUCACACCACAGCUCUGCUCUUCUCGCUACCCGUCACAUUUUUGUCGCAUCCGAAACCCUGCUAUUUUUGGCCGCUGCUAUUUCAGGUGAGUUGGAUUUUAAGCGCGCGAAAACUUAGAUUUUGAAAAUUUUCGAAAUGUUCAAACUUUUUUUCGCCCCGCGAUGUUUGAUGUGUUGAAAAUGUGACAUUUCUCAAAUCUCCAGAGAUUUUUUUUACCAAAAAAAAAUUUUUUUCUGCGAUUUCGAAAUUCUUCCGCGCUAUAAAACUACAGUACCCCGGGGGGACCACCCGAAGAACAAAUCGUAAAGCUAUAAAAAAUUUUACACAAAAAAUUUGGAAGCCGGCAAAAAAAAACAGCUAACGAACACAUGUCAAAUCACCCCCAGGCGCUUGUUGUUGUCUGCGUCUCUCACAAUCCCUGUGCUCUCUCUCUCUCUCUCCCUGGUCGCGCCUUGAAAAAGUGCAAAUGAAUUAGGACCGGAUUCUUCUUCGCUUUUGUGUGUCUGCGUCUCUCGUGUUUCGAGAUAGUUUAACUAUAUGAACAGAUACCACCCUGAGAGAAGAGGAAUUUCAUAAAAUUUGGGGGCUUGCAGUUUGAGACUACAGUACUUCUUGCAGUCUGGAAACUGUAGAUUUUCCAAUUUGAUCUACAUACAGUAUGCCUUGCAGUUUGAGGCUACAGUACUUUUUUGCAGUCUGGAAACUAUAGGUUUUUCAGUGUGAUCUACAUACAGUGCUUCUUGCAGUUUGAGGGUACAGUACUUCUUGCAGUUUCAGGCUACAGUAUUUCUUGCAGUCUGAAAACUGUCGAUUUUCUAGUUUGAUCUACAUACAGUAUACCUUGCAGUCUGGGUGGGGGUUUCAGAAAAAACUCGAUUUUUGCAGCCCAACAAAUUUCAUAAAAUCAACCUACAGUACCCUUUGUAGUCCAGAGAGUACUGUAGCUUUAUUAGGCUACAAAAAUUCUAUUUUUUAACAUUUCAUAUAAUGACUACUACAGUACUCUUUGCAGUCCGGAAAAUACAGAAUCCUUCAUGUUUGGAAAUUCCACCAAACCUACUGUACUCUUUGCAGUUUUAAGAAUCUGACGGAAAACCCGACUACAGUACUCCUUGUAGUUUGAGCUACAGUGUAAUUUGCAGUUCGAAACUAUACGUCUUCUGCAGUUCGUAAAACAAAUACAGUACCCCUUGUAGUUUGAUCUACAGUACCCCUAAAUUAGUGCAAAAUUGAUGAAAUGACUACAGUACUCCUUGUAGUUUGAUCUACAGUAUUACAUAUUGUAUUUUGCAGUUUGAAAAAAUAGUACAGUACUGCUUGCAGUUCAGAAACAAAUACAGUACUCCUUGUAGUUUGAGCUACAGUACCCUUAUAACUACAGUACCUCUAAAUUAGUGCAAAAUGUUGCUUGUUUUCGGCAAAACCGUCAUUUGUUGUUUCAUUUCGCAAAGCCCUGAAAAGAAAAAAACUAUUUGUCUUGAUCUUCUCUGCGUCUCUCAAAAUGCCGUACUCUCUCUCUCAUUUCUGCGUCGUCCCCCAGGUAAACACUGAACAAAAACGAACGGGAAGAGAAAGAAAAAAAAACUUGAAAAGUGCAAAAGCGAGAGAUUAGGGGAAAUGGAGAGACGCAGACAUAUUGAGAUUGACGGAGAGAAGAACACUUUUAUACGUAUAGUUUGGGGGAAAUGAGAAAAUUGAGAAAAGGGGUCGGUUUUUUUCCGCAAGCUUCCGCGUGUGCGGAAAAGUUAAAGUUACCUCAACAGAAGGGUUUCAGAAAAUAUUUCCACGUGGCAAAAUUUUGCGCCAAAAAUCACGUUUUCAAAAUAUUUAUCACGAAAAAUUCAGGUAGAUCAAAUUUAGCGCCAAAAACUCUUGCCAUUCAGAAAAAAAAUUUUUCAAAAAAAACAAAUUUUUUUUCAAAAAUUGUUAAACUCAAAUUUUUGCCACGUGGAUUUUUGGGUCCCCAACAAUUUUGCUUAAAAUUUGUUUUUUUUUUUUGAUUUUUAGACGCCAAAAACAUGCCACGUGGAUUUGUGGUUCAAAAAUUGUUGAAACUCAAAAUUUUUACGCGAAAAUGAGUCCACGUGGCAAAAUUUCGCGCCAAAAAUCACGUUAUCAAAAUUUAAAAAAAUCACGAAAAAUUCAGGUAGAUCAAAUUUAGCGCCAAAAACUCUUGCCAUAAAAAAAAAUUUUCAAAAAAAAAAUUUAAAAAAAAAAUUUCAAAACAAAAAAAUUUUUUUUUUAACUCAAAUUUUUGCCACAUGGAUUUUUGGGGUCCCCAACAAUUUUGCUAAAAAUUAAAAAAAUCACGAAAAAUGCAGGUAGAUCAAAUUUAGCGCCAAAAACUCUUGCCAUUCGGAAAAAAAAAAUUUCAAAAAAAAAAAUUGUGGUUCAAAAAUUGUCAAACUCAAACUUUUGCCACGUGGAUUUUUGGGGCCCCAACAAUUUUGCUAAACAUUUGUUUUUUUUUGGUUUCUGGACGUCAAAAACAUGCCACGUGGAUUUGUGAAUUUUCAACAAAAAAAAAUGUAAAAAAAACUUUAAAAAAAAUUUUUAAAAAAAAUUAAAAAAAAAAAAAUUGUUAAACUCAAAUUUUUCCCACGUGGAUUUUUGGGGCCCCAACAAUUUUGCUAAACAUUUGUUUUUUUUUGGUUUCUGGACGUCAAAAAUAUGCCACGUGGAUUUGUGAAUUUCCAAAAAAAAAAAAUUUCAAAAAAAAAAAAAAAAAAUUCAAAAAAAAAAAAAUUUUUUUUUCAAAAAUUGUUAAUGGUGCUAUUCAUGUUAUUUUUCAACGCUGAGAAAACGGGAGAAAAGCGGAGAAAACCUAUUCAGGUAGGCUGAGAAAAUACGAAAAAAGCGGAGAAAAUGUAUUUCCUCCGCAUUUCUCCUGUUUUCUCAACAUGCUGAGAAAAUACAUGAAUAGCCCCAUAAACUCAAAUUUUUGCCACGUGGAUUUUUGGGUCCCCAACAAUUUUGCCUAAAAUUUGUUUUUUUUUUGGUUUCUGGACGUCAAAAACCUGCCACGUGGAUUUGUGAAUUUUCAAAAAAAAAAAAUUUCAAAAAAAAAUUUCAAAAAAAAAAAAAUUUAAAAAAAAAAAUUUAAAAAAAAAUUGUUAAACUCAAAUUUUUGCCACGUGGAUUCUUGUGGCCCCCCAACAAUUUUGCUUCCAGCAAUCCGCCUAUGGUAUCUGCCUACUCGUUCUCCUUUUGGCUGCACUUCCACGAAUUGUCAUGGUGAUGGCUGCACCACAAGCUGCACCAUUGGCACCGAUUUUGUUCUAUCUAAUUGGCACGGGUCUCAACUUUUUUCAUGUGAGCCGAAAAUUUCACGAUUUUCACCAUAACCUAAAAAAAAAUUCUGAAAAAAAUUUCUUUUCCAGCUUUACGUAUACUGGCAUUGGUAUUGGCAUGUUCAAGCAAUGUGGAAUUCUGCUGUUCGAAUUAAGGUAACUUAAGGAAUUAAGGUAAUUAAGGUACCAAAAAAAUGUGUUUAGUUUGGUAGUCGUCUUGAGAAUGCGAACAAUCGAAGUCGGAGGGAUCGACCGAUGAGACCAGCGGAAGAAAUCGAUGAGGAUGUGUUGAAUUAUGUGCCGGCUGUUUCGGAGAGUGUCGAAUUUGCGGCGGUGAAGGUGAGCUUCUCGAGCGCAGCGAGUGUAGACCACAAGCUUCCGCGCAGCGGCCACGCGGAUUACUACACGUUAUAGUAAUCCACGUGGCCGCUACGCGGAAGCUUGCGGUUUAAAGACUUAUUUUGUUCGAGCGGAGCGAGUGUAGACCGCAAGCUUCCGCGUCAGCGGCACUAUAUUCCGCGCAGCGGCCACGCGGAUUACUACACAUUAUAGUAAUCCACGUGGUCGCUACGCGGAAGCUUGCGGUUUAAAGACUAUUAUUUUGUUCGAGCGAAGCGAGUGUAGACCGCAAGCUUCCGCGUUAGCGGCAUUAUCUUCCGCGAAGCGGCAAAGUUAUCAUAACUUUUUCUGGCUGAUCUAGAAAGUUAUGGUAACUUUGCCUUUCAAGUCGAAAAAAAAAAUUUUAAAUUUCGAUUCAGAAAAUGUCAAAAAUUUGUAUUUUUUCCUAUUUUUCGAAAUUUUUGUUUAUUUUUGUGUGGAAAAAAAUGUCGAAAAAUAGGAAAAAUUAUAGUUUUUUAAUCGAAAUUUUUUAAAAAUAUUUUUAAAAAUUUUUUUUUCGCCUCAAAUUACCCUAUAACUUUUGCUGAAAAACGACUGUGAUAACAUUUUUAGGCUAACAUUUUUGACACGUGGAAUCUUAAAGUCAAAUUUUUUUUUGUGAAAAAUUCAGGGACCAAAAUCUCUGGAAUUUCAAGGCUCAUAUGGGUCUCGUAGCGAUAGAGCAUGACUACUACAACAUUUUUUUGCCACGUGGAAUGUUUUGGGUCAAAAUUUUUUUUGCAAAGUUACCCUAACUUUCCAGAUUAACCUAAGCUUGUGGAAAAGCCUAUAGGUCUAGAUAAGCCCCUGAUUCAAAAUCCAAAAAGCCCGAUCUAUUUUUGCAGAUAAUCCUCCCACCCGACACUUCCUCUUCUUCAGCUGCUCCCCUUCUCAACGGCCAUAUCCCAGGACCAAAACCCAUCUCGAACCACCUUCCGCAAAUCAAAAAUCCCGAGAAUUCCAUCGACAUCUAUUCGGGCGAUGAGGCAGAUCUUGACGAAUUCGCCACUCCACCCCCACCAAUCUAUGCGACGCGACUCGAUUGGCGCGCUCCGGAAAAUCAUCCGCAUGCUGCGCGGAAGCCGCGCCGCUUGCUACCGGCUACGCCUGAUCUUCCGCGACACGGAGAAGUUGCGCCAGAGCGACGGAUGCGAUCGGAUGUUUUCUAUUUGCCAGAGUAUUCACUUUAG